AAAAAAAAAAAAAAAACCAAGCAAAGAAUUGUUCGGAUUUUCAUAUUCCGCGACGGAUGUGACUGCAAAAGGACUGGUGUCGGAAAUGCAAGGAAAAAAAAGCAGAGCCCUCGUAAUAUCCUGCCUUAUUGUUUCCCAACCUUGUCGUAAGCUAUGGCUUCUCAAUUGUUACGCUCCUCUCUUCGUGCUUUUGCUCGUCCUGCCUUGAUCAGAAAGGCAGCUGUUCCCGUCGCGCAUCGCGUCGCUCCUGCUGUGACCUUUGCCCCCAUGCGUUCAUUCACUGCUGGCGUGGCCCGCAUGAACAGCGGUGCAGUUGAUACCGAUUUGGCCCACAAGCUGAAUGAAGAACUUCAGUACGAAAAGUCCACGGAAGAAGCGGAACAACCUGAGUUUAUCAAGGAAUUCUUGCAGAAUAACUCUUUCCAGCUUGAGGAUAAAUUGGGCCAAGACGAAGUGAGCUUGAUCCGCACUUUUGGCAACGAAAAGAUCCGCGUCUUGUUUUCCAUUUCUGAUAUCAACAAUGCCGCUGCCGAUGACGGCUUCCUUCCCGAAGAGGACAUGGUUGAAGAGGGUGCCGAAGCUGACGAGGAAGAAGUGGCUUCGUUCCCUGUUCGUGUUUCUGUCACUAUUGAAAAGGAUGGCAAGGGUGCAGUCACAGUCGACACCGUGGCUCAAGACGGUGAGAUUGCCAUCGAAAGUGUCAUGUUCUACAAGGACGGCAAGGUAGCCACGGAACAAUCUGCCGAGGCUGAUUGGCAACGUCGUGGUCUCUACAUCGGUCCUCAAUUUGCGGAAUUGGAUGAGAACCUUCAAAACUUGUUUGAACGCUACCUUGAGGAACGCGGUAUAAACGCCGCCUUGGCCAGUUUCUUGCCUGAUUAUAUCGAAUACAAGGAACAAAAGGAGUACGUUCAAUGGCUCCAGAACGUCAAGGAUUUCGUUUCUGCAUAAAUAAAAAUGAUUCACUGUGUAGUAGAAUACAAUUGGGACAUCAUCCAUUACCGUCCA